AUGGCAAAAUUUCAGGUCAAAUGGGGCAUGCUAGCCACGGGUGGUAUCGCAGAGACAUUUGGUCGGGACAUCCUCCUCAGCCCUGAAACAAGAGGCGUUCGCGAGAUUGAGCAUGUCAUCGUCGCAGCAGCGGCAUCAUCUUCACAAUCGCGUGCGCGCACUUUUCUUGAUAAGAUCGGUGCACCAAGUUCCGCGGUUGCUUAUGGCUCGUACAAAGAGCUCGCUCAAGAUCCGAACGUUGACAUCAUAUACAUCUCGACGCCGCAUAGCCACCAUUAUCAACAUUGCAUGCUAUGUCUCGAAGCUGGAAAGAAUGUCCUAUGUGAGAAGGCGUUCACUACCAACGCUGAGCAGUUGAAGGUACUCAUUAGGAAGGCGAAGGAGAAGAAUGUGUUUCUAAUGGAAGCCGCCUGGACAAGAUAUUUCCCCCUCUCGCUCUAUGUGCGACGUCAAAUUGAGUCCGGCAUCAUCGGGACUGUCUAUCGUACGUUUGCCGACCUGAGCAUGCUAUCAUCUCCUGAGUCGCUCCCGGACACUCACCGCCUAGUAAGUCCGCAACUGGCGGGUGGGGUGCUCUUGGAUAUUGGAGUCUAUGCUUUGACCUGGAUAUUUCAGACCCUGUUCACCACGCAGACAAAUCCGGUAGCACCGGCUGUUUUGAGCACUCUUCGCAAAUAUCGACUUGGUACGGACGAGCAGGUGUCGAUGUUGUUGACCUUCCCGAGAGAAACCGACGGAGACGCUCAUGGGAUUGCAACGGCUAGCGCUCGCACGUCCACAGAUCCAGAUAGGAAAGGGACAGCAGGACCAGCAGUACGGAUUCAAGGUUCCAAGGGCGAAAUUCAAGUCUUCCACCCUGCAUUCCGCCCUACCAAAACCAGAGUCGUCUUCACUAAUGGUAAUGUGGAGGAAACGGAAUGGCCACAGCCGGGCCCCGGACUGGGAAGCGGCUGGCAUAAUGGAUUCCGCAAUGAAGCUGGAGGUACUCUGAAUCAAGAAGGUGAGGGCCAUGGCAUGUUCUGGGAGGCAGACGAGUGCGCCUUCGCGCUUAGAGACGGUCGAAAGGAGAGCCAGCACCAGAAUCUAGCGGAAAGUAUGGUCAUUAUGCAGGUCAUGGACCAGGUAAGGGCGCAAAAUGGCAUUCGGUUUCCAGAAGAGAUUGAGACCACGGAGAUUUUACAAUAG